AUGUUUCUCACUGAAAUUAAAGGAUUAGAGGAGGCGAGUGAAGAGCUCAACAAGAAGCCGAAAAAUGACGAAAGCGAUGCACUGGAGUCUGUCAUUAUGCACGUGGGUCAGAUGGGUCUGUACCAGAAGCUCUUAUUCGCGAUGAUGGCGCCGUUCGGAGUGUUCUUUGCGUUUGUGUACUUCAUACAAAUGUUCAUUGCCGCAACACCGCAGAGUCAUUGGUGCAGAGUACCUGAAUUGGAACACCUGGAUAUGGAAUUAAGGCGAAACCUGACAGCGCCUCGCAAUGGUGACGAAUGGGAGAAGUGCCUGAUGUACAAUGCGAACUGGACCCAGGUGCUUAUAGACAUGGUGGUACCAGCUAAUGCCAGCCUGGUGGCAUGUCAGAACGGCUGGGAAUUUGAACUUGGCGAUAUCCCUUACCACACCGUUAUAAGUGAGCGCGGUUGGGUCUGCGAGAAUGCUGGCUUCGUUCCUUUCGCCCAGGCAGCUUUCUUCGCCGGAUCCACAAUCGGUGGAAUUGUGUUUGGAUGGGUAGCGGACUUCUAUGGCAGAGUGCCCGCGUUGGUUGGGACAAACUUGAUUGCAUUCGGCGGCAGUGUUGCCACCAUCUACACAAAGGGUGUAUGGGACUUUGCACUGGCUCGAUUCGUCGUUGGAAUGUCUUAUGAUACUAUUUUCAUGGCUAUAUAUAUUUUAGCCCUAGAAUAUGUUGGACCUAAACACCGUACUUGGGUUGCUAACAUAUCCAUCGCCCUGUUCUUCGGAGGUGGUUGCCUGGCGCUGCCCUGGAUAGCUCUCGCUAUAGGGGACUGGAAGAAACUGCUCUGGUACACAAGUUUGCCAUACCUCAUAGUGGUUGUUGUGCCUUUUGUAGUACCCGAGAGCGCUAGAUGGCUCGCCUCGCGUGGUCGUGUUAAUCAGGCUGUGAAAGUUCUGAAGCGUUUUGAAAAAGUAAACGGAACAAAGAUUCCUCAGGAUGUCUUGGAUGAAUUUAUUGUAUCUGCAAGUCAAACCCGGCAAAGCGACGAAUCAAUCAAGAGUGUUUUCAAAAGCGGUCCACUUCGUAAGAUGAUGUUCUUCAUGAUAAUAGCGUAUAUGGCUUGUGCUAUGCUUUUCGAUGGCCUGGUGCGGAUGUCGGAGGGUCUAGGUCUAGAUUUCUUUAUCACGUUUACGCUGACGUCAGCCACGGAGAUACCAUCCGUUACGUUACUGGCUCUAGUACUUGACAGAUGGGGUCGAAGAAACCUCGUAUGUGGACCUCUCGUUACUGCUGGAACUUUGUGCCUUAUCGCAGCGUUUGUACCUAAAGGUAUACCUCAAGUGUCACUCGCAAUAAUGGCGCGUUUUCUGAUCAAUAUGGCAUACAAUGCGGCAAUGCAGUGGUGUACUGAAUUGCUGCCGACAGCAGUUCGCGCAUCUGGAUCGUCUCUCAUACACGUCACUGGGUAUAUUGCCACAGUGGUUUCUCCUUUUAUAGUGUUUUCGGAAAGAGUUUGGCGUUCCCUACCUCUGCUUAUCUUGAGUGCGGUAGCUAUAACAGCCGCUGGAUUUGGUCUCAUGUUACCUGAAACUAAAGGAAGGCCCAUGCCACAGACUAUACAGGAUGGAGAAAAAAUUGUUCGAAGCUACACUCUAUGCGGAAGCGUUCCAGAUGAAGAAAAGGCCGAUGAAGGCGAAAGAGAAAAAGCACUUGAUUCCUAG